AUGCUGGAGCAUACUUUGGAUGAUUCGAAACGUGAAAAUGUAAUCCUCAAAGAGGAAAACGCUAAGUUGGCCUCCAGCAUAGGCCUACGAGGUACUCUGACCGGGCUGUCAGCUAGCGUCAAUUCCGAGAGGAACCCAAAUUCAAUGAGCCCACAGGCAGCUUUAGCCCGCGCAGAGCGAGCAGAACAGGCAUUGGCGGAUGCGUAUCGACAGAUCAAACAGCUUCAAGUAGCUGCUAAGGAAGUUGAUUAUUCAUCUAGAGAUCCUAAUAAACGAAUCGGUCAGCCUAGUUUGGAUGAGCUUGCCUAUGUGAGCCGAGAACUAGAACUGCUGGAUCCAUUUAGCUCAAUCUUAGGCGAGUUAUUCAUGAUUCGUUUACCCUAG